CUCCACUGCUUUCUCUCCGCUCUCAUUUACCACCACCUCCUUCCUACGAGCAGGAGACGCUUCUUCUUCUUCCUGAUUUUUACAACCACUUUCCUGCGAGAAGAAGUAUGUAGAAGAACGUUGGAAAGAAAACAUGGCCUUAUUCUUGGCUGGAUUACUUCGUUUUGUACCCUAUUUUUAUGUAAAGCCAAAAAUGUCGGUUGGUUGAAAGUAAUACAUAAAUUUGCGUCGGGAUAAGAUUCGAUGAGAUUGGAGAGCAGAAUUUGUUUCUCGGAGAAAGGUUGGCCAAGAGAAAGCAAGAAAUAUUUACAAGACGGGAAUCUCACUUGUGGCGGCUCACUCGGUAAAUAAAAUGCGGUAAUUUCCAGCAGCUGACCAAUCCAAAAAAUAAGACAUCCGGUCGCAUGAGUGUGUUAUGAUAAGUGGAAUUACGUCGGCAACAGGAAGACAUUUGUUUCUUCGAGGGACACCAAGACUUGUUAAUUUCGUUUGGCUGUUUAGCGAUAAUGGAAAUAAUGUCGUCCUUGAUAAGAAGUGUCAUAUCCACAAUGCUAGACAUGACUUGAACAAUACUGAAUUUCGUAGAAUCCACACCAAUUCGACCGAUAAGAAGAAGCCAUCAGCUUCAGAAGUACUGACAUGUUACCUGACACAGACCAAUUUCCCUCCAUGGACCUCAUAUUUCAUAAAAUACGAAAGUAUCGUUGAUGACCAAUGGGGUGGUUCACAUUUUAAUUGGACGGUGAAAGACGGUCACAAUUACCACAUUUUGAGAACCGGGUGCUACCCUUAUAUCAAGUACCAUUGUACCAAACGACCUUAUCAAGAUCUUAAGAUUGAGGACACAUUCUUCCGUGUCAUCAAAGUGUUGAAUUUAGGCCUCCCUUGCUUGGCAUAUGGAGUGGCGGCCACGUUUCUUCUCAAGGGGACGCAAGCCUACGUCGAAGAUGUCCUCACAUCCAAGGGAAUCGUGACGAUUUACUUCCUAUAUAAAGAAGAUAAAGGUUCCAUGUACUGAAACGGCGAUUAUGUGUUUAGUAAAUUCUUGUCAUUAGUGUUAGUUAUUUUAGUUAGUUUCGUUUUAUUUGUAUACAUAUCUUAAGAUAAACUGGUAUUAAAUUAUCACAACCAAGUGAGUUUAAGUCUA